AUGACAUCAAUUAUUCUUGCAGUAAAGGUUAGAGUUUAUUCAUUGAAUGAUGACUUGAAGCCAGCCAAAAGAGAAACUGCCUUAACUUUCAUAGAUCCUGAAGGAUCAGAAGUUGACAUAGUAGAAGAAAAUGAUUAUACUGGAAUUAUAUCUUUUCCUGACUUCAAGAUUCCAUCUAAUCCUAAGUAUGGUGUGUGGACAAUUCGAGCUAAAUAUAAAGAGGACUUUUCAACAACUGCAACCGCAUAUUUUGAAAUUAAAGAAUAUGUCUUGCCACAUAUCUCUGUCUCAAUAGAACCAGAAAGUAAUUUCAUUAGUUAUAAGAAUUUUAAGAAUUUUGAAAUUACUGUAAAAGCAAGAUAUUUUUAUAAUAAAGUAGUCACUGAGGCUGACGUUUAUAUUGCUUUUGGAAUAAGAGAAGACUUACAAGAUGAUCGAAAAGAAAUGAUGGAAAAAGCAAUGCGAAACACAAUGGUAAGAUGUUCAGAUACAUUCACUCAUCUUAUACUCCUAAAAAAUGUCAACAUAAUGCUUGUCAUAACCUUAGGUGGAUUUUCUGAAGAGGCAGAAGUACCUGGCAUCGAAUACGUCCUCUCUCCCUACAAACUGAGUUUGGUUGCUACUCCUCUUUUCUUGAAGCCUGGGAUUCCAUAUUCCAUUAAGGUGCUGGUUAAGGAUUCGCUUGACCAGUUGGUAGGAGGGAUCCCAGUAACCCUGAAUGCAGAAACAGUUGAUGAAAACCAAGAGACAUCUGACUUGGAGCCAAAGAAAAGUGUAACGCGUCUCAGUGAUGGAGUGGCUUCAUUUGUGGUUAAUCUCCCAUCUGGAGUGAUGACGCUGGAGUUUUGCGUCAAAACCGAUGCCUCAGAUCUUCCAGAAGAAAAUCAGGCCAGCAAAUGUUACCAAGCAAUAGCGUACUCAUCGCUCAGCCAAAGUUACCUUUAUAUUGAUUGGACUGAAAACCAUAAAGCUUUGCUUGUGGGAGAACAUCUGAAUAUUAUCGUUACCCCCAAAAGUCCAUAUAUUGACAAAAUAACUCACUAUAAUUACUUGAUUUUAUCCAAGGGCAAAAUCAUACACUUUGGCACGAGGGAGAAACUUUCAGAUUCAUCCUAUCAAAGUAUAAACAUUCCAGUGACACAGAACAUGGUUCCUUCAGCUCGUCUCCUGGUCUAUUACAUCGUCACCGGAGAGCAGACAGCAGAAUUAGUGUCUGACUCAGUCUGGUUAAACAUUGAAGAGAAGUGCGGCAACCAGCUCCAGGUUCAUCUGUCUCCAGAUGCAGAUGCAUAUUCUCCAGGCCAAAUCCUGUCUCUUAAUAUGGCCACUGAGAUGGAUUCAUGGGUGGCAUUAACCGCAGUAGACAGUGCUGUGUAUGGAGUCCAAAGAAAAGCCAAAAAGCCCAUGGAAAGAGUAUUUCAAGUUUUAGAGAAGAGUGAUUUGGGAUGUGGGGCAGGUGGUGGCCGCAACAAUGCAGAUGUGUUCCACCUAGCUGGACUCACCUUCCUUACCAACGCAAAUGCAGAUGACUCCCAAGAAAAUGGUAAAACACUCAGCACUUAUAUUAUUACCAUUUCAGCUGCUAAAUACAAACAUCCAAUACCGAAGAGAUGUUGUUAUGAUGGAGCUCGGGAUGUUGAGGAAACCUGUGAACGGCGACUUGCACGGGUUACCAUAGGCCCAGCAUGCAUCAGAGCUUUCAACGAAUGUUGUACCAUUGCAACGCAGGUCCGUGAUUCAUACUCUCAUAAAACUAUGCAACUGGGAAGGCUACAUAUGAGGACCCUGUUACCAGUAACUAAGCCAGAAAUUCGAAGCUAUUUUCCAGAAAGCUGGUUAUGGGAAGUUCAUCGUGUUCCUAAAAGAAACCAGUUGCAGUUUGUGCUACCUGAUUCCCUAACUACCUGGGAAAUUCAAGGUGUUGGCAUUUCAGAUAGUGGUAUAUGUGUUGCUGAUACUCUCAAGGCAAAGGUAUUUAAAGAUGUCUUCCUGGAAAUGAAUAUACCAUAUUCUGUUGUACGAGGGGAGCAGAUCCAAUUGAAAGGAACUGUUUACAACUAUAGGACUUCUGGGAUGCAUUUCUGUGUUCAAAUGUCUGCUGUGGAGGGAAUCUGCAUGUCAGGAGGCCCAGCCAUUGAUCACCAGGGGACAAAGCCCUCCAAGUGUGUGCGCCAGAGAAUAGAGGGCUCCUCCAGUCACUUGGUGACCUUCAGCGUGCUUCCUCUGGAAACUGGCCUCCACAACAUCAACUUUUCACUGGAGACUUCGUUUGGAAAAGAAAUCUUAGUAAAAACAUUACGAGUGGUGCCAGAAGGUGUUAAAAGGGAAAGCUAUUCUGGUGUUACCCUGGACCCUAAGGGUAUUUAUGGUAGGCAAAAUGAUUUUUUAUUUCAUAUACCAUUAGAUAUGGUCCCCAAAACAAAAGUCAAAAGGAUUUUAAGUGUAAAAGGAUUGCUUAUAGGUGAGGUCCUGUCUGCAGUUCUAAGUGAGGAAGGCAUCGAUAUCCUAACCCACCUCCCCAAGGGGAGUGCGGAGGCAGAGCUGAUGAGCAUUGUCCCAAUAUUCUAUGUUUACCACUACCUGGAAGCAGGAAAUCAUUGGAACAUUUUUCACCCUAACUCAUUAACUAAAAAACAGAACCUGAAGAAAAAAUUAAAAGAAGGGAUGGUGGGCAUCAUGUCCUACAGAAAUGCUGACUUUUCUUACAGUGUGUGGAAGGGUGGAAGUGCUAGCACUUGGUUAACAGCUUUUGCUUUAAGAGUACUUGGACAAGUAAAUAAAUAUGUAGAGCAGAACCAAAAUUCAAUUUGUAAUUCUUUAGUGUGGCUGGUUGAGAACUGUCAAUUAGAAAAUGGAGCUUUCAAGGAAAAUUCCCAGUAUCAACCAAUAAAAUUACAGGGUACCUUGCCUGUUGAAACCCAAGAGAACACCUUAUAUCUUACAGCCUUUACUGUGAUUGGAAUUAGAAAGGCUUUUGAUAUAUGCCCCCUGAUGAAAAUCAGCACAGCUGUAACUAAAGCUGAAAACUUUCUGCUUGAAAAUACCCUCCCAGCCCGGAGCACCUUUACACUGGCCAUCGCUGCCUAUGCACUUUCCCUGGGAGAUAAAACUCACCCACAGUUCCGUUUAAUUGUUUCAACCCUGAAGCGGGAAGCUUUGGCUAAAGGUAAUCCACCCAUGUAUCGUUUUUGGAAAGAUGAUCUGCAACAAAAAGACAGCUCUGUACCUAACGCUGGUACAGCACGUAUGGUGGAAACCACUGCCUACGCUUUACUUACCUGCCUGAGCUUGAAAGAAACAAAUUAUGUCAACCCAAUCAUCAAAUGGCUAUCUGAAGAACAGAGGCAUGGAGGUGGCUUUUAUUCAACCCAGGAUACAAUUAAUGCCAUCGAGGGCCUGACAGAAUAUUCACUCCUGAUUAAACAACUCCGCCUGAACAUGGAUAUCAGUGUCUCUUACAAGCACAAAGGUAACUUCCACCAAUAUAAGGUGACAGAGAAGAAUUUCCUUGGGAGGCCAGUGGAGGUGCCUCUCAGUGAUGACCUCAUUGUCAGUACGGGAUAUAGCAGUGGCUUGGCUACAGUACAUGUAAGAACUGUAGUUCACAAAACUGGUACCUCUGAGGAAGUUUGCAGCUUUUAUUUGAAAAUUGAUGCCCAGGACAUUGAAGCAUCCAGCUACAGAGGCUACGGUGAUUCGGAGUAUAAACGCAUAGUAGCGUGUGCCAGCUAUAAGCCCAGUACAGGAGAAUCAUCAUCUGGAUCCUCCCAUGCAGUGAUGGAUAUCUCCCUGCCUACUGGAAUCAAUGCAAACCAAGAUGACUUAAAAGCACUUGUUGAUGGGGUAGAUCAACUCUUAACUGAUUACCAAAUCAAAGAUGGACAUGUUAUUUUGCAACUGAAUUCGAUUCCCUCCAGUGAUUUCCUUUGUGUCCGAUUCCGGAUAUUUGAACUUUUUCAAGUUGGGUAUCUUAGUCCUGCUACUUUCACAGUGUAUGAAUACCACAGACCAGAUAAACAGUGCACCAUGUUUUAUAGCACUUCCAAUACCAAACUUCAGAAAGUCUGUGAAGGAGCCAUGUGCAAGUGUGUAGAAGCUGACUGUGGGCAAAUGCAGGAAGCAUUGGAUCUGACAAUCUCUGCAGAUACUAGAAAAGAAACAGCAUGUAAACCAGAGAUUGCAUAUGCUUAUAAAGUUAGCAUCACAUCCAUCACUGAAGAAAAUGUCUUUAUUAAGUACACUGCAACCCUUCUGGAUAUCUACAAAACUGGAGAAGCCGUUGCUGAGAAAGACUCUGAAAUCACCUUCAUUAGAAAGAUUACCUGUGCUAACGCCGACCUGGUAAAAGGAAGACAGUAUUUAAUUAUGGGUAAAGAAGCCCUCCAGAUAAAAUACAAUUUCAGCUUCAGGUACAUCUACCCUUUAGAUUCCUUGACCUGGAUUGAAUAUUGGCCUACAGACACAACAUGUCCAUCGUGUCAAGCAUUUUUAGCUAAUUUAGAUGAGUUUGCUGAAGACAUCUUUUUAAAUGGCUGCUAAAAUGCCUGAAGUUCAACUGCAUACAGUUUUCACUUAUGGACUUCCAUUACUGAAGUUUUUUUUUUUCUUCUCCUUUUUUUUAACAUUCACAGCUGGUCUUAUUUGGAAAGCUCACUUUACUUAGAAUUAAUAGCACUUGCUUUUAUUAGAGAACAAGUUUAAGAGCUGUAACUUUCUGAAAUAACAUGGCUUUGAGGGACAUGAAGACAGAUACUCCAAGGUUAUUGGACACCGGAAACAAUAAAUUGGAACACCUCCUAAAAGCUACCACUCAGGAAUGUUUCCUGGGGCCAAAAGAAUAGCCCACUGAAAUGGAGUAUCUUACAAAAACACAGCCUUUGCUUGAAAGAAAAUACCAAGGAACAGAUAACUGAUCAUUAAAGCCUGACUUUGCUUUCAAAA